CCGAGGUUUUCCGUUGGUACAGGGACAAAGACAAAUAUAUAACACCUAAUGCCCUUGACUGACUAUCACUGUUUCGGUGAUCAAAUCAACUACAAUGGAAGUUCCAAACCGUCCUAUAAACUUUGUUCCGGUUAAGGCCGGCGAGAUCAUCUCCCUUGGAGGUAUGAAGCUGAGGGUUAUGGAGGAUGGAUCGAACACUGACAUGCGUUUGAGCUCUGUGGAAUUGACUAUUCCCCCACGAACACGGGGUCCUCCCCCGCACUGGCAUGAAAUGCAUGAUGAGACAUUUCUUGUAACAAAGGGCACCGUUCGAUUCCAUAUCCCAGGCAAGCACGAUGUUGAUGCCAAAGCCGGUGACUAUGUUGUUGUGCCAACGAAGAGCCCCCAUACGUUUUCGAAUCCAACCGAUGAAGAGUCCAUUUUCUUCAGCACUAUCACCCCGGCGUUCUAUAUCAACUACUUCAAGCUGCUAGGCGAGCUGGUCAAAGAAGGACCAAUGACAAAGGAGGCAAAUGAGAAGGCAAUGGCAUAUUAUGCCACACUUCCAGUGCCCGAACCAUGAUUACCGCUCAAUCUAGUCCUGGGAGGGAUGGUCUAUGUACACUCAUAAUAGUCAACCCGGCUGUUGCAACAUCGCACAGAUUUGAUUCUUGAUGAUAUAUCUGACGAGCGCGACGAUUGGGGUGAAAAGGAUCAUCCUUGUUUUAUUAGUAUUGCUUCUCUGCAUUUAAUGGAUGCAAAGUCGCUUCUUUUCCAAAAAUAAAAUUCUACUUUGUGGACUGGACUAGACUUGUGGCCGAUCGUACAGCUUGGUAGUAGGCCACGUCUUCUGGUUACUUGUCAUUUGUGC